AUGAUCCCGCCGGGGGAGUGCCUAUACGCCGGCCGCAAGAGACGGAAGCCGGUUCAGAAACAGAGGCCGGCCACGGGGUCCGAGAAGUCAAACCCUUCCAAGCGGCACCGGGACCGCCUCAACGCCGAGCUGGACCAUCUGGCCAGCCUGCUGCCGCUCCCUCCCGACAUCGUGUCGAAGCUUGACAAGCUCUCUGUCCUGCGCCUCAGCGUCAGCUACCUUCGCGUGAAGAGCUUCUUCCAAGCUGUCCAGAAGGGCCCGCGGCAGCCGGCGGCCAGUGUCCCUGCACCCGAAGACCGCAGUCCAAGUGCGAGGUCCGCCGUGCUGGAGGGAAGGCUGCUGCUGGAGUCUCUCGAUGGCUUUGCCCUGGUCGUGAGUGCAGAAGGCAUGAUAUUUUAUGCUUCAGCAACAAUCGUGGACUAUCUGGGCUUCCACCAGACGGACGUGAUGCACCAGAACGUCUACGACUACAUCCACGUGGACGACCGCCAGGACUUCUGCCGCCAGCUGCACUGGGCCAUGGACCCCCCCCGGGCGGCGUGCGGGCAGCCGCCGCCCGCGGACACAGGGCAGGACGCCGUCCUGGAGAGGCUGCUGCGCGCGCAGGAGGGAGGCGCGGACGCGCCCGUGGACUUCUCGGCCUUCCUGACGCGCUGCUUCGUGUGCCGCGUGCGCUGCCUGCUGGACAGCACCUCGGGCUUCCUGACAAUGCAGUUUCAAGGAAAACUAAAAUUCCUGUUCGGACAGAAGAGGAAAGCGCCGUCAGGGACAGUCCUGCCCCCUCGGCUCUCGCUGUUCUGCGUUGUGGUGCCUGUCCUCCUACCUCCUGUGGCAGAGACGAAAGUGAAGAACGUGUCCCUGAGGGCGAGGCACAGGGUGGACGUCUCGGCCGCGACGGACGCAAAGGCGAGAGCGGCCGCACAUCGGUGUGAGCUAGAACUCCACGGGCAGCCCAGCCACUUCACAGGGAGAAGCAAUGGAGAAAACAUUCCAGUGCUCAGGACACAAGCGGACGCGGGACGCUGGGCCCGGGUUCCAGCCAGGGCACCAUGCCUGUGCCUCAGAAGUGGCCCCGACCUCGUUUCUGACCCCGAGGGGGCUGCAGGGGACAGGGGAGGAGACGAGCACGGGAGGGUGCCCAGUGGCUGCUCAGGAGCCAAGGGACGGAGGGAAAUGCACGCCUACAGCUGCUGCUUCGAGGCGCCUGGACCCGUGAAGCCUCUGAGCUGGAUGCCAGGGAAGCACGGCCAGGACGGGGGCACCAAGCUGAAGCCAGGGCCCAGCGAGAGUGUCCCGUUCUCUGGGCACGCCACGUCCAGAGGCUCCUGUGUGCCCUGCCCAGGCGUUCAGGGCCCCAUCCACGCCAGCGGCGUGACUGCUUUUAGAAAUUCACCCAGCUGCCACCCAGGAGGCCAUUCUCCCAGUGCCUACGUCAGCUGCACCAGCAGAGCUCUGCAGGACGGCGAUCAGGGCCAGGUGCGCCCUCCGCCCAGCUGCCCCUUCCCCCAGGGGAGCCUGGACAGUGGGCUCCCUCAGCCCAGAGGGCAGCGUCUCACAGUGGCAGGCUAUUCCAUUGAGGACACCAAGCUUCGAGGUGGGCCUGUACCCUCGGGAGCCUCGUGCAACCCCAUCUUGUCGCUUGAUGUGCCCAUCAAAAUGGAGAGUGACUCUGGGUCUGAGGACGCAGCAGACGGCUACUCCAUGUCCCCAAGCCAGGUGUGGCUGGGAGCCAGUGGCAUGGCCAAGAGACAGACGGUCACUUUCCCUACCAGGAUGCACCUGAAAACAGAGCUGGAAGCCAGGCCCCACCUGUACGCUCCGCACCUGGGGCGCAGCUUGCUGGAGGCUCCCCUGAGCGGCAGGGGUCCCCUCAGAGCUGGGCGGGAGCUGGUCCCCUCCCGCCCCACACACUGCUCCUGCCUGGGGCACGCGCACAGCCUUCCUGAGCCAGAUCCUCCCCCCCACUUCUAUGCACAGGGACACCAGGCCCCUGCACUGGGCUGUGACUGCAGAGCGGCGGGAACCGUGCCCAUCGUCAAACGAGAACCCCUGGACUCACCACCAUGGGCCAGUCACAGCCAGGGCGGGGUGCCUGGAAUGUUCCCCAAAAGCGCUGUGGCAACGCUGAUGCCUCCCAAGGCCCCCGAGGGUGUUUUCCUGCCGUAGAGUGGGCUGCUCCCAAAGCCGGCCUCU